AUGGAUAUUAGGGAUUUAGUAAAGCAACACAUUUUUGUGAAACUUGGUGAUGGACAGAAAACAUCAAUGUGGUUUGACAAAUGGUAUGUGGAUGGGCCUUUAUGUGCCUUCAUUAAUAGAAGAGCUUUAUAUGAUGCUAGAAUGGAAGAUAACAUUACUGUUGACAAAAUGAUUUGCAAUGGGCAAUGGAGAUGGCCUGCUGGAUGGACAGAAGAGUAUCCUGCACUUAGAGAAAUUGUUGUUCCUAAUAUUCUCAUUGGGGCAGAGGAUAGAAUGUGGAUCACAAAUGACAAUCAACUGGAUUAUCUGUUAAUUGAGCUAGUGAAGAAGCACAAUGCGAAGAAUUGGAAGAGAAUAGCUGAAAGUAUUCCAGGCCGGACAACUCGUCAGUGUUUCUCUCGUUGGAAAAAAGUUCUUAAUCCUGACAUUAUCAAAGGGAUAUGGACCAAGGAGGAAGAUGAUCAUAUUGUAAAGCUUGUGGAGGCUCAUGGUUGUUUGAAAUGGUCACUUAUUGCAAAGUAUUUACCCGGUCGAAUUGGAAAUCAAUGUCGGGAGAGGUGGCACAACCGUUUAAAUCCAGCUAUAAAGAAAGCAGCAUGGAGUAAAGACGAGGAAUUAAUUUUUACAAAUUACCACCAUAUGUAUGGGAACAAAUGGACUGAAAUAGCUAGAUUUCUACCAGGAAGGACUGCCAACGCGAUCAAAAACCAUUGGAAUUGCUCUUUGAAGAGAAAGUUGGAUGUAAACAUGCCUACUGUUUUGCCACCUAAUGAAAAUACACAUAAAGAGCCUUACAACAGUGAAACAAAAAAGGAAAGCAGAGGACCGACACAAAAUAUUGUUCAAAACACGUUAUUUACUCAAAAAAGUGUAUUGGAAAGUGAAUGGAUGUCCCCGAAGGGGCUAUCAGAGAAGGAUUUGAAUGCAUGUUCCGCCCUCUUAUCUCUAGGAAUCAGUAAUUUUGGUAGUACCAAUCAAGAUUGUCCAGGUUUUGCCAGAUUCGCUAAAGGCAAUGAGUUCAAGACACCAUCAAGGCAUUCUGAUCCUAUUACAGACUCUCAUAUGAUAUAUGAACCUCGUAAAAGGCAUAAGAUAGAUGACGUUAAUGAUUUGAAACCCUGGUCUUCACCAGAGCCUUUUUUUCUGAAUUCAUCUACAUUUGGCGUUCGUGAAAAUAGUGGACUCCCACAUCCGCAAAACAGUUUUGGACGUGAAAUUGAUCAGUUAUCUUGUGUGGCUCCCCCUGAUCUUACAAGCAUCUCAUUUAGUAACAGUAGUCCAGAAUCUUUCUUGACAAACUCCGAAACGAGUUCAAAUAGCACACGUUUCAUCUUAGGGAAGGAGUUUUCUGUUGUUUGUUUAUGUCAAUGUACACUUGGUCAAUAUCACACACAUUCAUGUGGAAUCAAUCAUGGAAAAAAAAUCAAGACCGCUGGUUCAGAAAACAUGAAGCCAAGUUCAGACUUGUGGGUUCAUAGAUCUAAACCAUCACUAGGAAGAUACCUGGAUCGUAUGUUCAGUUCAGAAUGGGAUUUAACUGUUGCCAAAGCUUCAACCAGAGUUGUAUAGCUCCAUCUACAAAUGUGAAUAUGGACACUGGAUGCUAAGUGGUGACUCUUUGAUUUACUGUAAUUGGACAUAAUAAAUGGUUGAACCAGAAUAAUGGUGCAUGCAAAGCUAAGAAUAACAAGCAGACAUCUUUAUGUUUAGCUGUAGCACCUUACUGGACGGAAGUAAAGAGUAAAACGAAGUUUCUUAGGCAGCUUCAGAAAUGGUAUUGCAUUUAUAGAUGAAUGCUUUAUUGUGCCGGCGUUUUUGGCCUAAUAUGAAGAGGCCUAACUAGAUAAGAAAAUCCUAACUAGAUACUAAUAAGAAAACGAAUAUAGGUCUAAUUAGCAAUUCAUUAUAGUCUUUUGGACUUGCAAUACUAAUAAUACAAAAUUACAAAUAUAUCAA